AUGGUAUCGGACGAACAUUACGAUUUGUGCCUGCCUAUCUUGCAGGACACCACCUUGGAAGAUGAGGACAAGACAGAUAGACUGGAGGAGCUCCUAAAAAAGGAGACCAACCUGACAGGCUCCUCCCUGGACAAUGUUAUUCUCGAUGCAAUGUGGAGGUUUCGAGAAGGGGGAGGCUCGUCAGCUUCUCCUCCGCCUAUACGAUCGUCCAUCUUGCGACGACCGUCUCCAGCGUCAUGGCGUGGUUCUCCGACACCAUUGUCCGGCUCUCCAAGACUUGCCGUGAGCCCCCUUGCUCCUCCGGGCUUCAUUCCUUCGACUUUCCAAAGAGCCAAGUCGUCCACCGCGUCUCCCUUCUCGUCACCCCGAGCAUCCCCACGUCUGGCCCUGGCGACGCCAGUUGUCAUCCCCCACAGUCCGAACCUGAACGCGUACGAAUUCGCGAGCGACUCGACCCCGGCAACCGAGAUUCUGGGAGAUUACCAGUCCGAGAAUGUGGAAUGGUUGGUGAACGACGACACUGCAAGCGUGUCAUCUUCCGUGGGCACAUCUAGCAUCCUGAAUGCCGCCGCCCCCGAGUUUUCGUCCAUGUCGUCACAACAGCUUGAUAUGUCUCCCUACGAUAUGCUACGAUCGAUAUUGGGCCAAACCAGAACGGACGAGGAAAUCGAGGCAGCGCUGGCUUCGCACGGCUACGAUUUGAGUGCCACAAUUGCAUCCAUUAUGGAAAGCCAGAGUCAAGACGGCGGCAUGCCCCCCAACAGCUUGGAUGAACCUAAGAGUGUUUUGAUUGGCAAAUCGAUUUCCUCGGAUGGUCGCCCAGUAACGCCGAACAACCAAUCCAAAGCUGGUGUAAUUUGCAAGUUUUACAUGUCCACGGGCCAGUGCCUACGAGCCGACUGUCGAUUCAGUCACGACUUGAGCAACCACCUUUGCAAAUACUGGAUUAUGGGCAAUUGUCUCGCUGGCGACACUUGCGUAUUUUCUCAUGACCCCUCAAGGUUUAUGAACAAACUAUCUCUGGAUGAGCCUGGGAGUGCAGGGCGAGGGCAGGGUAACAUUUCUCUUCAAGAUUUAAAUACCUUUCCUGCACUGCAGCAAGGAAGUUCAGAGAACUUGAACAAUUUUGGUGGCGCUGGUGCCAGCCUGAUAGCCGCUGGCUUAAAUCCCCCUCAGGGGCCAAGAAACUUCCACGGCUCUGAGAGUCCGCGUCUGCGCUCGAGACCUGGUAGUCGGCACCAGGCCAAGGAUAUGACUUCCCCAGCUCCAGCUAUUGAUGACAACGAGGCUUUCCCAUCUCUCGGCUCCGCGUCGGCGAAACAGGGCAAGAAGCAUCAUGGUAAACGAGGCGGCCAUGGACACCAUAAGGACAUUAUUCCAAGCUCCCUGGCGGAUAUUGUCAAAAUGACCCCUUCGCCCACUCCAGGAUCACCACGACUUGAGUCUAGGAGGCUCGGCAACGGCAACUCUGCUGCCAACAGGCAUGGUGAAAAUAGUGCGGCAGCCCAGGCCAUAACGAGUCCGAAGCACAUCCCGUGGUUAGAGACCGGGGAUAGGGCAAAUAAGGCGUAUCUCAAGGCUCGCCAGGAGGCCAUCAAGCACGGUGGCCUCCGCAAUAAAUUUCUGCAGAGUGCGGCUCAAGCUUGGAAUCGAAAUGAUGCCAGAGCAGCCAAGGCUCUUAGCCUCCGUGGCCAAAGCGAAAACGACCUAAUGCGAAAAGCACAUAGAGAGGCAGCACGGGAACUUUACGAACAUCGCAAUAAAAACAUGAGCAACGCAGCUGAAAUUUACGUAGAUCUCCACGGGCUUCACCCAGAGGAAGCGGUAGAGUACUUAGAGAAGAUCCUCAUGGAUAAUAGCAAAGAAUCGCGGCCCGUGUACGCCAUCACUGGCACGGGGCAUCACAGCAAGAACGGUAAAGACAAGGUUGGCAGGGCGAUCCGCAAUUUCCUCAACGAAUGGCGGUACGCAUAUCGCGAGUUCUCUGUUCCGGGCGAUAGAAACAGCAUGGGUGGCAUUCUUGGCAUUGACGCUCGUAGCUGGGACAAGACCCUUGCGAGGGAAGGGGCAUCGGGGCCGGACGAGAAGGAAGAGGUUGAUAUCCUGAGUCAAGGUGUAGAGAUUGGCGAUGGCAAAGUCCGGCUGUUGGUGAGAGACCCUCCAAAGGGACCUAGUGGUCGGCGGUGA